GUACGCGCAGCUGCAGUAAGGGGUGGGGUGCAGUUCUAGGAGGGACCAUAUUUUAGACAAUACACAUCAACUACUUAUAUCCGUGUACCGCUGCUUGGAUAUACAUAGUUUAAUUCUCCGCUCUACAGGUUUCUAGAACACAAGACAGAACACGUUUGACUCAAGAAUCCAAUGAAAAAAGCCAUGGCUGUAGAAGGAGGAGCAAAAUGUGUCAAAUACCUGCUAUUUUUCUUUAAUUUCAUCUUCUGGCUGUGUGGCCUGGCCUUAACAGUUCUGGGAAUAGUGGCUUACGUUCAUAUCCGCAACACAGCGGUCGCCAAUAUAUCUACUAGUCCUGCCGUAUGGCUCAUUGUGGUGGGAGUCAUCAUCUUCUUCAUUGCCUUCUUUGGCUGCUGUGGAGCCUGGAAGGAGAAUUACUGCAUGGUCACAACGUUUGCUGUUAUUCUCUCCAUCAUCAUCAUCUGUGAAAUUGCAGGUGCCAUUGCUGCAUAUAUCUUUCGUGGGAAACUGAGUGGUGUGUUGGACCAGGGCUUCAAAGAAGCGAUUGCAGGAUACAACACUUCAAAAGAGGCCCAGAAAGCCCUUGAUAGUUUGCAACAAGAGCUUAAGUGCUGUGGAGCAAACUCAUCUGAUGAUUGGGUGAACUUCAGCGCAAGCCGCAAUUCAGUCCCAGACUCCUGCUGUAAAAACAUGACUGAUAAUUGUGGUAAAGGAGCUAUCCAUGAUACCAACAAAAUCUACACCAAUGGAUGUCAGCCUGCUUUGGAGACCCUUCUGAAUAAGAGUAUGUUGUGGAUUGCUGUAGGAGCUCUGGUCAUUGCAUUCAUUCAAAUCACAGGCAUUGUGUUGGCCUGCAUUCUGAUGAGAGCCAUUCGCAGUGGCUAUGAAGUCAUGUGAGCACAUUGAAUCACAGCACUUCUCCCAGCCAGAUCUGGGCAACGGGACCAACCUGUCACUUAAACUUUUUAAAUUCUGUUUUACAAACGUCCUUUUUUUUUUUUUCCUUCUUUACUGUACAAGUUGACAAUACUCUUGGGAGUGGAAUAUCUGUGCCAUAUUUCUAUGACUUAUUGAGGAGACUAGUCUCCAGUUGUUGCGUUGUUCAAAUAUUUCGGGUUCAAUAUAAGUUAAGCUCAGUUGACAGCAUUUGUAGCAUAACAUUAAAUACCACAAAAUGUAUUUUGACUUGCCCCUAAAACCCUAAAAUGACAAAAAAGAACAAUUUAAACAACUUAACACAAAUGAGUUUUAACAGAAUAUUUAAUGUUAGUGCUUUUAUAAAAUUAUAAGCUCCACAUUUCUGCCUUUAGACCCUCCAAAAAGUUGAGAAUUUUUUGUGCUAUUCAAUAUUAUUGCCACAAAUGCUGUCAAUUGAGCUUAACACUUGUACUGAACCCAGAAUAUUCCUUUAAGUACUAUUAGUAUUCUUUCUUUAGUCUUUGUUUUAGACUUGCUCUUUAUCCUUUACCGCCAUGUUGACCACAUUUUACUUGGGGUCAGUGAAUAACAGAUAUGGCAAAUGUAAUAAAUUAAUAGAAUGUUAAUGUCAUAGAAAGAACCAAUAAAAUGUUCCAAACAA